UUUUUCUCAUAGCUGAUGCAUUGUGGGAUGACUUUACAAACAGAAUGGCGGCCAAAGCCGGGGAUAGCGACGAAAGUACUGGAUUUUUACAACCUUUGAAAAGCUCAUGUGGAAAAUGGAAGCCCCCUCCCAGAAAGCAUUGUAUUGCUCAGGUCACAGGAGGAUUAGGAGAAAUUUACACAAAGAUAGAAUCUGGUGGGCAAAAUUCAGAUGAAGAUUUUUCAAAGUGCAUCAAUGAAGACAACUUCUUCCAACCAAAUUCUAAAGGCGGGCUAAUGGCAGGGCGAUACCAGGUGAUACGUGUACUUGGUCGGGGUAACUCCUCAACCAUCUUACAAGCCCAAGACACCUUCAGACCAGGUCUCUAUGAGGUAGCCAUCAAAGUCCUCAAACCAGAAUACUUCAGUCUGGGAUAUCAGGAGAGUCACCUUAUUGCUGAGCUGAAUAAAGCAGAUAGUCACAACUUCUGUGGCAUUGUCAAACUAUUGAACACAUUCACACUGGGAUCAUUUUUCUGUAUGACCUUUGAACUCCUGCGCCCAUAUCCCCUUCAUCAAGUGUUCAAGAAGAUAGCUGACAAGACAGAGGUAAGUGCAAAAACAUGAAGCGUGAAAGUGCUCGGUCUUUGGUGGUGUCGAUAUUCCAGUUGUGUUGUCUAUCUCAUAAAAUCUUGUUUUGUGCAAAGCAUCCUUUCAAAAUUGCUUUCAUAAUUAUGUAUUUUGAACCAAGUUGCUGAUACCUUGCAUUUACAUAUUGAUUGCUUUUCAAUUUGCGGACUUCCUGUCUCUUUAAUCAAUGUCUGUUCACACACAACAACAACAAAAAUUGAAAAGAAAAAAAAACACUCUUUUUGUAUUAAAAAGAUAUCUUUUAGAUUUCUUUGUACAGAAGGCACUUAGUAUUCAGUCUAUAACGCAUAUUGUUCAAGUAGUCUUUGUAGGAAAAUUAUAUGAUGAAAUCCUAAGCAUUGUAUUUGUAAGAUUUCUUUUUAGCAGAGAGGUUGUAGAUGAUAACUCAUUGCCUAUUGGAACCGGGCGGUCCGUGCAUUAACCCUAGGGAAAAAAGAUAGUUCAGUAGUCAGCGGGUUAAUUUUUUGUAUUGUAACACUCUGUGAUAUCAUAUGUAGAAUAAGACCUGUGUAUUGCGUUUGUCUGUUUAAAUCUAUACAAUAGCACCACCCUGAUGAAGAUUGAGAGAAUGUUUUAACUAUUUUUUUCAAAUACCAGUAGCUUUCUUUUGAUAUGAGUUUGCAGUGUGAUGAAAAGUGAUGAGGAAUAAUGUAAUCAAAAAUGGAAAGGAGGAAAGAG